AUGAAGUCAGAUCAUAUGCUAUCCGACAAUACAAAUCGGCAUGCAAGACUUGCAAAGAAAAUACGGGAACAAUUUCAUGAUGAAAUUCAGAAUCAAGUAGGAUCUGGUACAUUCAAUUAUGAUACUCUUAAGAGAUUUUCAAUCGACCAAAUGGCAAAAUCUGAAGUAAACGAUGCUGAUCGCGAGAAACAAGUGCCAAAUGAUGAUCAAUGGUAG